AUGAUCGUGUGGAAUAUUUGCGCCGUCCUGGCGCUAUCCAUUCCGCAACGCGCACAUAUGUCCUGCACGGUGGGCACUCCCAAAGAAUGUCUGAAGGCAGAGGCGGCUCCGGGCACCACCCUGGCCGGGGAAGGUUUCGAUAUCACGGAGAUGAAGAGCAAGGGAGCCUAUGUUCUGGACAUGAAUCAGUGGCAACGCAAGGACAAAACCUGCACCCUGUGUACCAACCCCUUUCUGGAGAAGGCCAAGCAAAAGCUUCCACUGUCCGUGGUGCACUGGAGGCCCAAGCAGUCCUGCAGCUUGAAGGUGUCCAGCACCGUUCAUCGCUCCGGCGAGGCUCUCGUCGACUCCUCCGAGUCUUCGGUGGAAAACAACUGGAAGACCAGUCUGGAAUUGGAUCACGAGAAAUACGGUGGUAAACUGAUGCUGGCUGGCACACAUUCAAAACUGGCUCAGUACUCCAUGGAGAAAACAAAGAGUGACAGGUUCAGCUUCACCAGUCAAAAAAUAUCUUGCGAGUACUACAGUUACGGCGUGAUGAGUAAGCCCAAACUGCACACGGAAUUCCAAAGGGCGCUGAAGGGCCUUCCAAAGACCUACAACCCCGAAUACAAGUCUCGUUUUUACAGACUGAUCGAGAACUUCGGCACGCAUUAUAUCACAAAGGUCAAACUGGGAGGGUCUAUCCAGUCAGUGACCAGCAUCAAGCAGUGCCAGGCCGGCCUGCAGGGCUUCGACGUGGACGAGGUGAAUAUGUGCCUGGAGUCCGAGGCCUCGGUCACAGUCAAGGGGUCCUCCGUGGAAAGUGAGACUAAACACUGCAAGAGCGACAUCGCCAAAACAGAAAGCAAGGCAGACUUUUCCAGCAUCUUUAAUGACAGGUUUACAGAAACAAAGGGUGGCCACACCACUGAGAUGGACCUUCUCUUCUCUGCCAACAAAGACCCGUCUGCCUACAAGGAAUGGCUCAACACGUUGCCUCAAUAUCCAGACGUCAUCUCGUAUUCCCUGGAGCCUCUCCACGAGCUUCUGCCAACGAACACGCCGGUGCGGAAAAACCUGCGUUCGGCCAUUAGUCACUACAUCCUGGAACGGGCUCUGAUGAAGAAUUGUAGCGGGCGCUGUCGGGCCGGCGUCAAGGGCGACCUCCGGGAUCCCUGCGUUUGCCAUUGCAGCAACCAACGGGACGUUAAGCCGGACUGCUGCCCCGCCCGACGGGGCACGGCCAGGGUCGUCGUCACCGUUCAACGGGCCUCUGGUCUUUGGGGCGAUACCACCACGGCCACAGACGCCUACGUCAAGGUCUUGUUCAACCGUCGGGAUUGGCGUUCUCCCGUCAUCAACAACAACAACAACCCCCACUGGAACUUCCUCGUUGACCUGGGCACCCAGGACCUAUCGGCCGGCCCGAGUCUCCGAUUUGAGCUUUGGGAUCAGGACAGCGGCUGGGACGAUGACCGCCUGGGAACGUGCGACAGACCGCUGACGGCGGGCGCGACGGCGGAUGUGUGCGCCAUGCAGCACGGAAAAUUUUUCUACAAGUGGGACGUGAAAUGCGCGCCCAGUCUGGGCGGCGGGUUGUGCGUCGACUACAAGCCUUCGCCCAUGGACCCCGAUUUGAGCGGCUCAUACGCGUCCCGCCACGCUCACCCUCUUCCGCCGGCCGUCCUACUCGAGAUGGGAGUCUUUCCCGGCACAGAGUCGAACCAAAGCGUCGUUGAUGCACUUUAA